AUGUCGAAAAUCAGCCACUCAGACGAAACGGAUGCGGCUCUCAGCGAGAAAAAAUCCCAAAUCAACGACGAUGAUAUCCAACUUCAGCAACUUGGCUUAGAGCCGUCAGAGCUCCGCCGCAAUUUCAACAUCUGGUCGCUCGCAUUCAUGUCGUUCUGCUCCAGUAUCACCUGGGAGGCAAUCUCGUCCACAAUGGCCCAGGGUCUGAUGUCAGGAGGCAGUUCAAGUUUGGUAUGGGGCUUCGUGGCAAGCAGCCUCGGUGCUCUCCUGACUGUUCUCUGCAUCGCAGAGUACUCCAGUAUGAUUCCGACGGCCGGCGGCCAAUACCAUUACGUGGCUGAGCUCUCGCCACCAAAGUUCCAAAGAGUCCUUUCGUGGUAUGCAGGCUGGAUGACGAUGCUUGGCUGGAUUCUAUGCGCACUUGCUGGCAUCUUUGCCACCGCAAUGCAGAUCCAAGCAUGGGCAAUUCUCUUCAGUCCCGAUUACACAUACGAGCGAUGGCACACUGCACUUAUCGUCAUCGGUCUCGCGACAUUCUAUACAUUAUUUGCAGUUUUCGAGGUCAAGAUGCUGCAUCGCUUGCUGUUUGUCGCGAUGUUCGUGCACAUUGUCGGCUAUUUCGCCACAGUUAUCUACCUCUUGGUUCGUGUUAAUCCAAAGAACACUGCUAAGUACGUGUUUACGGACUCCACGAGCUUGAGCGGUUGGGAAAGUCCCGGAAUUAGCUGGCUUAUCGGACUUCUUACCUCUGCAAUCGGUUUUGUAAGCUGGGAUAGUCCGCUGCACAUGUCCGAGGAAAUGAAGCAUGCGUCGCGUGACCUGCCACGAAGCUUAAUCAUCAACAUAGCGUGCAGUGCCGUUCUGACGUUUCCAUGGAUCAUUGGAGUUGUGUUUUGCAUCACCGAUAUCUCCGGGGUUCUAAGCGGCCCUACAGGCACGAUCAGCUUCAUGGCACAACUUUAUUACAACGUGUCUGGUGGCAACAAAGCGGUAACGGUUGGCAUGACACUUUACCUACCUCUGAUGGGCUUUCUUGGCGUGGGGCCCAGCAUCAUGACGGCCACAUCCCGUGUGAUCUGGUCCUUCGCUCACGACGGAGGCCUCCCUCAGGCCAUUUCCAAGGUCAACAGCCGUACAAAGACCCCGGUCCUUUCGCUUUUGAUUACUUGGGCUAUUGUAUGUCUUCUGAGUCUCAUCUACGUCGGCAACGCAACGGCAUACUAUGGACUUUCCAGCGCGUGCACCGUUACGCUCAUUAUCUCGUACGCUAUGCCCAUAUGCAUGGCCGUGUUAUUCGGAUUCAAGCAUUGCAGCUUACCAAAAGCGCCCUUUUCGUUGGGAAAAUACCAUCGGCUUGUCGCCACAGUGGCCCUAGCUUGGUCCCUCUGCCUCAUCAUCAUGAUGUGCUUCCCUACGUAUAAGCCUGUCACCACAACGAACAUGAAUUACGCGUCAGUGGUGGUAUGCGGUGGUCUCGCAGCGGCGACAAUCUCCUGGACUGCAUAUGGCCGGUACAGAUACCAUGGUCUGAUGCAAGCGAUAGAAGGUCGGGCUGAAAGAUAG